GGGAGGAGUUUAUUCAAAAAUAUCCUCUUUUGUGGCAUGGAAAUAUCCAGCACAGAACCAUUCAGUGACUGACAUGGGUUACUUCAGCUUUUUGUUUUCAAUUCUUACAGGUUUUUCCAGUGAAGAAUUGAGUAACCUUCAGAACAUUAGGGGAAAACCACACAUAAACCAAACACUGCUCUCUCCUGUCCAACUCUAUUUAACAGAUUUGGAGCAAUUUUCAUAUCAUUGGACUAUGGCAGAGGUGGUGAGUCAAAGCCUGUCCACUGUUCCUUCACGAAGCCAAUGCGUUGAUAUUGUACAAAAUGGAAUAUGUAAAUAUCUGGUAGGACUGACUGUAGUACCUGAUAGCACUGCUGGUGUUAUUUUGUGUGCUCUUAGUAAACUACUGGAUCAAGUAUAUAUCCUUAAUGAAAAUAUUUCCAGGUUCCUAGCUUCAUUGUGUUAUAGUCUUCUCUACCUUUUCUUAACAAUAGAGAGGGAGGAUACAGAACAUAUGCAGAAGAGGGAUGUAUUGUGGAGUUCCUGUAUCUCAAUUCUAAGCACCUCACUUCAAAUCUUGAGAGUGAUGUUGCAGACUCUUCAAGUGAACCAAGCCUCCCAGGAUGAAUUGCCUGUUCUUGCUCAGCUUCUUUGUUUGCUAAUGCAACAUAGACAGCUUCAGACUCAUAUGAAGACCAAUGAAUUCCUGGUGAAACAGAUUGUCAAAGAUAUCAUGGUCUUGAAAAGUGAUGAAGCUCAAGAGCAGUGGUUGACAGACCUCCAUUACAAUUUCAAUAUAUAUUUAGCCACUCAUACCCCAGGAUGUGGGGCAGUCAAUACACUAUAUUAAAGAGAAUACAUGAUUGCAAACUCUUUGUAGGAACAAAAAAAGUCAUUUUUGUGCAAAUUAAAAAUGCAUUUAUACAAUCUAUGAUUUGUGUAAAAACUGUUACUCUUUACAUUUGCUAUGAAGAUUUAAAAGUUACAUGAAAUAAAAUGAAGUAAUACAAUAGCUUAAAGCAAAUAAACAGAAACAUAUGCAACUGAGAAACAUAUCAAGAGAAAUUUUAUAUAUUGUGAAGAGCUGGGGACAGUUUAGUUGUUAUCAUUAAAUACUUGCUUAAAUCUCAAUAUUGUGCAGCUUAAUAUAUUAAAAAAGUACAGAUCAUUUUUGUUGUCCAAGCCGGUUGGUUGGUUUCAAAACAUUUCAUUAGAUAACAUCUUCAGCAGAGUUUAGGGGGUGUCAUUGUCAGUGUUCUUCUGUUUAUAAGGGCUUCAGGUGUGGAUGUGUCAAGUGAGGGUCUUUUGAGCUUAUAGAUCAUUUAAAUAAAAGCACUGGUGAAAUUACAUUAAAGAUACUUUAAAAUGUCCACAAAUAAUCAAUAGGCUCUCUUAUGCUAUAGUGCAGUCUCAUUUUCAUGGCUGAAUCUGGUGUGUUUUGCUUUCAUUAUUGUGGCAGGUUUCAUAUUGUACGAAAAAUGUUUAUAUUUCCCUGAAUUUUCCGAUAAGCAAAUAUCUUGCAAUCCGCCUGCUGUAAAAGAAGCAUAAAGUUAUUAGUGCUUUUGUUCAGUAAGGACUCAAGAUAGUUGAUUUUCUUUCUGUAUUAAACAUAAAAUAACGUAACUUCAAAAUUCUAUUUUAUGUAGUUGAAGACCAUUAAAUGGCAAAUGUACUCUUAAUUUUUUUAGAGGACUCCUGUGUCUAUAGCUGGCAGCUAUUAUCUCUACUAUGUUCUGUGGCAUACUUCAGCUCUACCAUUUUUAUAUAAAUCUGCUUAUAUAAAUCUGUUGCUUUUUUUAAAAAAAUCAGUAUUCCUGUUUUGUCCAUUGAGAGGUAUUAUAAAAGGGAAAACAAGGGAUAACUUCAAAAUUGAUAUAGUAAUGCUUAAAAGUUUGUGAUUUUUUUUUUGAAUUUUCCGUAUUUUAGCAUAAAUAUGACAUAAAAUGUGAUCUAUCAAAAAUA